AUGACACGGCUCCCUAAAUCCCUCGCUAAAGCAUGUCUACACUGUCGAUCUCGAAAGAUCCGUUGUGACACGAUCCGGCCUCGCUGUUCAACUUGCGAGACCCAAGGCCGGGAAUGUAUUUAUCGGUUCAGACCGACCCUGGCUCAAAUAGACCGGUUGCAACAAGAGAAUACAGAACUCAGAGCUUUCGUUGUAAAAUUGAAGGGCGAAGAAGGAAGAACACCUGAAGAUCUUGAACCCAGCCAGAACCGCCGGCAAAGCCUUGACAGCCUAGCUACCUCUUCCGGUGAAGAAUUCGACGUUGCACCUUUUAUAUCUGUAGAUGAGGCCGGUCAACCUGGCAGUUUUGGCCCUUCAUCUGCUCUGCAUUAUCCAAAUAAAAGCGAAUCGCUGCGAACAGUGCCUUCGGCUCAAUUGUUGAACAGAGAGCACAUGAAGAAUAAACUUAUAGCUAAUGCAGCCCUACAAAGACAAAACGAGCGUCUGCUGCUUCAUAUCCCAGACAUCGAUGGCGUUCCUACUGAGCUCGCUCUGCACCUGUUGGAUGUGCACUGGGCUCGGCAACAUCACACCUUUCUUCUAACAUAUCGCCCGGCAAUCAUGCGUGAUCUGCCACAAGGCGAUGGACCAAACUGCUCCCGAUUUUUGCUGAAUGCCAUCUUUGCCUGCGCAAGCAAAUUUUCCUCGCGUAUUGAUGUGCGCGAUGACCCAAGUGACCCAGGUACGACAGGCCGGCGUUUCUUUCGCCGGUGCGACGAGCUCCUAGCCCAGGAAUCACAUCUUAUCCGCCCCAGUAUUCCAACAAUCAUUGGACUUUUGCUCCUGGGGUCUACGUUCAAUGCCCGUGGCGAAACCUCAAAGGGCUGGUUAUAUACAGGCUAUGCUCUGCGUAUGGUGUAUGAUCUGGGACUACAUCUCGACCCUAAGGAGACCAAUGAUGACGCCGAAGAAAUGGAGAUCCGUCGCCGUGUGUUUUGGGGUGCCUUUGUCUGUGACAAAAUACAAAGUCUCUACCUCGGCCGGCCUGUCGCUAUGAACCUACGCGACUCCCAUGUCAGUCGUGAAUUCCUUGAUACAUUCGAGGAACAUGAGGUGUUCAUACCACCUCCUGACUCGAAAUUGCAUACACCAUCCUCACAACCCACGUUGUAUUCCGUUUCUACUUUCCAACAGCUCUGUCUCCUAUCUAGGAUUAUGACCAAGAUUACCAAUCACUUUUACACAGUCGGCGGAGUGCGGUCCCCGAGCUCCGCCACGGCUAGUCUCCAACUCGCGGACAACGCCCUCAAUUCCUGGAAGGAAAACCUACCAGCCGAACUAGACUUCAAGCCAUGGUCACAUUCUGAUGCUUAUCCACAACCACACCCAGCCCCCAAUGUAAUGAACCUCCACGGCAUCUACAACUCCCUUAUCAUCCUCCUCCACCGACCCUUCAUCUCCGACGGCCAUCUACGAUCCAUCACAACGUCAGCUUCAUCAUGGGGCCGCUGCACCACAGCCGCAAAGAACAUCACGAGUAUCUCGCUAGCCUACAAAUCCGCAUACGGUCUCCACGGCGCACCCUAUAUCCUCAGCUACGCCAUCUACGUGGCAUGCACAAUCCAUGUCCGCAACGCCUUCGCAAACGCCCACCACAAGGAACAUAUCUCCCACUUAGCAGCGGGUCUGGCCUGCCUAGAUGAGAUCUCAGUGGCGAAUCCUGGCGUCUGCAGACCUGCGAGCAUCAUACGGAAAUUGGCCGAGGCAAGCAAGCUUGACUUUUCUGUGGUUGAUACAAUGACUCCUGCUUCUCAGGUUGAGAUUGUCUCUCCCAUCGAUGGCUCGAAUGGUGUGUUUCAGCUUGAUGCUAUUGUUGGCAUGUUCCCGAGCAGAUCUGUUUUUGGUAAUGGUCUGGGGUUUUCGACCGAACAGGAACAAGAUACGGGAUUGUUUGGACUUGAUAUUCCGUAUGAUCCGUUGUUUGGGUUUAUGGAUGCUUCGCUGGAUUGGCCUGGGUCGGAGACAGCUAUUUUGUUUGAUAAUCCAUGA